CGCAUCCUCUGUGUCUGCGGCGGGUUAAGCUCUCUGUUGUAUUCGCGCAGCGCAGCGCAGCGCGCCACCGCGCCGCGACCGGCCAAAACGCCGCACGGGCCAAAUAGGAGAGAGAGCUUUUUUUUAAAACGCGCGCGCGGCACCACCAUGGCGGAGGAGGAGGAGGACGACGACGUGUUCACGAUCAUGGUCGCGACGGACUCGCACCUCGGGUACUGCGACCGCGACGCGGUCCGCGGCACCGACAGCUUCGCGGCGUUCGAGGAGGUCCUGCGGCUGGCGAACGACCGGGGCGCGGACUUCCUGCUCCUGGCCGGCGACCUCUUCCACGACAACAAGCCGAGUCGGAGGACGCUCUUCAAGACCAUGAGUUUGUUGAGGCGGUACGCGCUCUCGGACGCGGCGGUCGGCUUCGAGGUGCUGAGCGACCAGGAGGCGAACUUCCGGCAGAGCGUGAAUUACGAGGACCCGCACGUGUCCGUGGGCCUGCCCAUUUUUAGCAUUCACGGCAACCACGACGACCCGACGCGCGAGGGCGGCGUCGAGGCGCUCGCCGCUUUGGAUUUACUGAGCGUCGCGAACAUGCUCAACUAUUUUGGAAGGCAGGAGCACGCGGACCGCGUCGAGGUCUCGCCCGUAUUAUUGAGGAAGGGCAACACGAGGGUGGCGCUCUACGGCCUCGGGAACAUGCGCGACGAGCGCCUCAAUAGGAUGUGGCAGCAGAAGAGGGUGCGCUUCCUGCGGCCGCGGGACGGGACCUACUUCUCGAUCUUCGUGUUGCACCAGAACCGGGAUGUUGGGAGGGGGCGGAACACGUGCGUGCACGAGUCGAUGAUCCCGGCGUGGAUCGAUUUGGUGAUCUGGGGCCACGAGCACGAGUGCCAGAUCAAGCCGCGCGAGUCGGCCGUGGGCACGUUCCGGGUGUGCCAGCCCGGCUCGUCCGUCGCGUGCUCGUUGGUCGAGGGCGAGGCGAAGCCGAAGCACUGCGGCCUGCUCCAGGUGCGGGGCGCGGAGUUCCGGCUGACGCCGCUGCGCCUGACGUGCGUGCGGCCCUUCGUCUGCGACGAGGUCGUGCUGAACGAGGCGCCCGAGCUCCAGGACGACAUGGACGAAGGCGACGGCGCGGACAACGCGACGGCCGUGCGCGACUGCCUCGCGGCGCGCGUCGAGGCCCUCGUCGAGCGGGCGAGGAAGACGCGGUCGGCCUUCCGCUACGACGACAUGCUGCUGCCCAUGGCGGCGCCGGACCAGGUCCUCGUGCGCCUCAAGGUCGACCACACGGGCUUCGCGACGCUCAACAACGCCAAAUUCGGCGGCCAGUUCGUCGGCCGCGUCGCGAACACGUCCGCCAUCCUCCACUUCAGCCGCCAGAAGCAGGCGAGCACGAGCGCGGCGAAGACCUGGGUCCCGACCGAGGGCAGCCGCGAGCCCGUCGAGGAGGGCGAGCUCGCGGCCGCGGCCAUCGACCAGCUCAUCCAGGACCAGCUCGACGGCCAGGAGGCCAAGCUCCAGAUCCUCGAGGAGACGAAGAUGAACGAGGCCCUGAACGGGUUCGUGGACAAGCAGGACCCCCAGGCCUUCGCGGAGGAGGUCGAGCGGACCCUGGUCCGGGAGCAGAAGGCGCAGUAUAAAAGGGGCGACGCGACGGACCCGGAGAGCAUCCGGGCCAAGUACCGGCAGGCGCCCCCGCCCGCGAAGAAGGCGCCGGCCGCGGUCGACGCGUCGAGCGAGGAGGACAGCGACGACGCGCCCAAGAAGCCUGCGAAGAAGAAGCCCGCCGCGCGCGGGCGCAAGAAGGCGGCCGCGCCGCCGUCGUCCGAGGACGAGGACAGCGAAGGCGAGGCGCCGCCGCCGCCCCGGAAGCGCGCCGCGCGGGCGUCGCGCGCGCGGAAGCAGGCCUCGUACGCGGACGACGACGACGACGACGACGACGACGACGAGGAGGAGGAGGAGGACGACGCGUCGGCCGACGCGUCGCCGCCCCCGAAGAAGAAGCGCGGCGCGCGGAAGCAGGCGCCGUGGAAGGACCCGGCGCCCCGGGCGCCGCCCAAGGCCCCGCAGCCGGCCUCCAUCGACAUGACCGGCUGGGACUCGGACUAGCGGCGGGGCGGGGCGGAUUACUAUGCUGUGUAUC